AUGCAAAUUUUCAGUGCAAUAUCAUUGCUUGAAGCACGUAUUCGGGCUUGUUCGCCGAAUAACGGCGUUCUGGUAGCUUCAACCACAGAUGUUUGUCGUCUGGAAAUUUUAGCCAACGCACAUUUCCUUUCUAGCAUCAAAAUUGCAAAGCUUAUUAAAGCAACCAAUGGAAAAGAGCCCAGCAUACCGUAUCCUAAUGCAUCAACGGAUAUAGCAACACUGCAAGCAACAAUCGGUAACAGCUUGAAUGCUGCAACAUCACCGUUAACCGUACCGUAUCCCGUGAUAUCACCAUUAACUUUUAUGCAACAAUUGGCUUUUCCUUUUCGCUUCGAUAUCACCUCCGCUACUGUCGCACAUUCUGAUACUUCCGCAGCUGCAGCAGCUGCGGCUGCCGCAGUAUAUAAUAUUGCAGCAGCGGCAAAUGUUACAACACAUACUGCAAUGCUGCAACAUGCAACACCAACUGCUACCUUUGAUCCAUAUGUAGCCACACAAAUGGCUGCUGCAGCAUCACAACUUUUACAAGAGCAACAUCAAUUUCAACAACAAAUUGCACAGCAACUACAAGUUAAUAAUUGCAAUGUGAAUAAUACGAUAAAUGGAUAUCAUCAGAAUCAGAGUAACGAAGUCGAGGAAGAUUCAAAAAGUCACAAAGAGGUCAAAAUUGAGGUAUUCAGCGAAGAUGAAGAUGACUACGGUGGUGAAGAGAAUGAUAUAUGUGUGCUCAAUGAAAAUGGUAAUAGAGAUAGCUGGGAAAUGGAAUGUAGCAAAAAUUUGAAUGAGAAUACUAAUCUGAUAAUGGAUCAUCAGUCAUAUGGCGGAGCAGCGACUUAUGAUGUGACGGAAUAUGUAAAAGAAUAUCCACCAUUACCAACUGCUGGAUCUGGAAGUCCAUUAUGUUACUCAGCUGUUGUAAAGGGUAUUAAACCGCUUAGUAAUAACAACAAAUCAUCAUUUAAUCCAAUAAAAGAUUGUGCAAAUGCAACACCACAGCGAAAUACAUCAAACUUGAACUCAGUAUCAACCCAGAUGUCGCAAUGGGAUCAAAUGGUAGUUGAGCGUAGCGGUAAAUUUAAUAAGCCAGCGCCACAAUGCAUUCAUUGGAAUAAUCCCAAACAUCGCCUCGACUUUCCAUGUCGUUUUUGGCAUCCGCGAGAGCAAUGCCGUUACUAUCCAAAUUGCUCAAAUACAGCUGAUGAAUGUGGUUUCGCUCAUCCAUUUUGUGGUGAUUUUUGUCGUUGCCCAAAAGGGAAACGAGAUCCUCAGAAAAAUCAUCGUAUUCCUGAGGAAAGAUAUUUCGGUAGUGGUGAUCGAAUGAAAUAUACCGCCAGUAAUGGUGCACAAUAAACAUUGCAUAAAUCAAGAACAAAAUCUCAAUCAGUCAAUAGCAGCAAAAAAAGAAAAAA